AUGACGCAGCCCGCUGAAGGGCUAUGUGCGUGGCUGACGAUUGUGACCUCAGAAAGACACCUAAUUUACCACAGGCGCCAAACGCACAGUGCAGGCAUCGACUACGGCAAUUGGAAAAAGGAUGUGACCCACUGGCAAGCCAAUAACACCAGCAAUGUGCUGUCAUCUUUGCCACGAAUUUGUGCUGCAAAUAUCAGUUCCCUGGUUGAUUUCCGGCAAAUCAAUAACAUGUCUGACUGCGUGGUGACAAUUCCUCAGCACAUAUGUGCCGAGUAUGCUUGCCACGCGCUUACAUAUGCACAUCAUAUUUCUGCAGGGAAUAUUGGCUUGUUGAUUCUGAGAGUGACACGUGAUUGCAAAUGA